AUGAAGGAAAACGUAGAAUGUAUUAAAAACAAUUUUGGUGAAAUAGGAAAAACCAAAAAAAACAAUGAUUCAUAUAUAAAUGAAGAUGAGAAAAAUAAAAACGAAAAUUUUAAAAAUAACAAGCCAAACAUUAAAACAAAUUUUAAAAAUAAAAAUUCAUUAAAAGAGAAUAAAAAUGACCAUAAUAAUAACAAUGGAAUUAUGAAAUGUGAGUUAAGUGAAGUCAAAAUAAUGAAAAAUAAAAAUGAAUCAAAAAAAAAGUAUGAUGAAUUAAAAGAAGAAAAGAGUAAAAAUGUAGGAAAGAUAAACACAUAUAACGGGAAAGAAGUAAAGAAAAAAAAGGAAAUGAACAAAGAAUAUCAAAAAGAUAAUCCUAAAAAGAACUUUUUAGAAAAAAAAAAUGAAAUAAACAACAAAGGAAAUAAUAGCGAAUUCACAGAAGAUAGUAACAAUACAUAUAAGAAAAUUGUAAAUGAAACUAAUAUGAAUGAAAAUAAUAUACUUAAUAAUAAUAUGAAUGAUAAUAAACCAAAUGAAAUAAAUUGCAGCGAAAACAAUAUGAAUAAGAACCAUUUAGAUCAAAAAAGUAAAAUAAAUUCAAAAAAAGAAAUAGAAGAAACCCAAAAUAAAAACGAAAAUUAUUUACAGAAUUCUUGGGCAUUUUUAUUUGAUAGAGAAAAUAGAAAAUAUUAUGAACAGUAUAUUAACAGUUUAAUAUCAUUAGAAACAUUUAACACAAUAGAAAGAUUUUAUAAGAAUUAUAAAUAUAUGAAAUCUCCAUCUUCAAUAAAAGAAUAUUAUAAUAUUUAUCUCUUUAAACAGAAUCUUAAGCCACUUUAUGAAGAAUAUCCAAAUGGAUUUAUUUGUAUUAUAAAAAAUACAAAUUAUUUUAGAAGUAAUAUUGCCGAUUUAAUAUGGGAAAAAAUGGUCCUCUUAACAAUUGGAGAAGAAUUCAAUUUAAUUGAUAUAUCUGGUAUACAAUUAUGUAUAAGAGAGAGCGAAAUUUUUUUUAAAAUAUGGAUGAAAAAUUACUCUCACUAUUUAAAAAAUAUUUUAACGAAGAAAUUAAACGAAUUAUUAGACCUACCUUCAAACACAUCUAUAAUUAUAAAGAUAUUAUCUCAUGUAUGUUAUAACAGAAAGAAUUAUCAUUUAAAAGAUAAAAGUGAGAAAGGAAAAAAAAAUUACAACAAAAAUAAAGCAUCUGAAUAUUCUUCUAAAAAAGAUUCUUUUAAAAUUAAAAAUUAUAAUAUUACUCCUCCAAACUAUAUAGGAAAUUAUAAUAUUUAUAAAAACAGCAUAGAUACAAAUUUGUAUUAUCUAUAUAGUAAUCAGAACAUUCAGAAUCCAUAUUUGUUUUAUCCCUUAAAUUUAUAUAAUCAUCAAUUCAACAAUUAUUCUGAUUUUCUUUAUGACUAUAAUAUAAAUUAUCCUAUAGAAAACUUAAAUCAUCCAAUAGAAAAUGAAAUAAAUAUAGAAAAUAAUUUUAUAAGCAAUCAUACAAAUGGAAUAAUUUUUGACAAAAAAAAUAAAUUUGAUUAUUCAAUAAAGAAUGAAGAUAAUAAAAAAAAUUUCACGUGUUCUAAUAAUUCUAAUGAAAUUUUAGAAGAAAACAAAAAUUUUAUAAAAAUUACCAGUACUGAUGAUAAUAAUAAUAAAAAAAAAAUAAAAUAA